AAUUCACAAUUUGUAUACAAGUAGUAGAGGAAAUGGUUUCUUUCUCUGAUUGUUUCUUCGUUCUUCAAGUGGCUUUUUUGUUACAAUUUCUCGUAGUUUCAUCUUCGACCUUGAACUCCACAAAAUACAUCGAUAAAUUAUGCGAGAUGCCAUCCAUCGACGACAAAGCCUUUUGUUUGCAAACGUUGAGCGCAUAUCCUCUUGCCGCUUCUGCCACUGGCUUGCUCCCACUUGCGGAAGUCGUGAUCCGCGGCAUUGACAUACCCUAUGCCAAGUUGUUGGUGAAAUCUGCAGACAGAGCAGCAGAAAAGGUACCGGCUCUGAAGGAACAGUUCAAGGCGUGCCGAGAUGCCUACUUUCUUAUAGUAAUGUCUCUCAAGAGUGCUGCUUCAGAACUCAAGAUAUCUCCAGAAACCGCUAACUAUGAUGCUAUGGUUUGUUUCGACCAAACAACCCUAGUGCAGAAAUUGAUCGGGAAAAACAAAGACUUGACUUCGAAGAGUCUCAUGGAGAUGACAUUGCGUAUGGAUAAGCUCAUUCGUCUCGCUAUUGGAGCCACCGAAGUUGUUGGAGGAUGAAGACAAAAGAAGAGAACAUAUACCAUUAUGCUUGUCUCAAUAUAUGAUUGAAGACUAU